CACGAAGGGCUCUUUGACGGGGAUCCUGCCGCUGUUGACGAUCACACACUCGGUGUACGGCAGGUUCCUGUCGUUGGUGUCCUGAAGCUCGAUGGUGUGAACCACAGCCUGCCAGAGGAGACGGACAGAAACAGCAGAUUUAUGGAAAGCGUCUGAGGUUCCACCCACCAUCCCGUCCAGGACUUUGCCAAAUACCACGUGCUUCCCAUCCAGCCACGGUGCUCUGGUAGCCAGGAUGAAGAACUGUGAUCCAUUGGUGUCAGGACCAGCGUUCGCCAUACUCACCUGCGGCCUGCGGGCAGCCAUGCUGAAGCCGGGCGACCCGAGCGGCUCGGCCUUCCUGAAGGUGGACCCGUCCUACCUGCAGCACUGGCAGCAGCUCUUCCCUCAGGCGCAGCUUAAGACUCCCCUGGCCCCACCGCCGCCUCCACCUGACCGCCUCUCCAUCCCCAUGGACAGCCUGCGCCCAUCCCGGCUGCACAGCCACCUCCUGGCCUCCACACACUGCACCUCCUCUUCUUCUUCCACAUCCUCCUCUUCAGCAUCUUCUUCAGCAGCGGCGGCGGCGGCAGCAGCAGCAGCAGCAGCAGCAGCUCUCACCCCGUCCUCGUCCAUCUCCAUCACCACCUCGGCAGGGAUCUCCCAGCUGCCUGUCCCCCAGCAGAUAGCACUCUUCGGGCAGGCGUUGGCCCCAGUAUGUGCUGGGCCUGGAGGACCUGGAGGAGGAGGAGGAGGAGGACCAGGAGGAGGAGGAGGAGGGGGAGACAUGGUGGUGGUGGCCCCCCCGGAGAACCAGCAGGGUCACAACCCAGCGAUGGGGCUUCUCCAUCAGGCGAAAGAGCAGAGCUGUGGGGGGGUCGGCGUGGUGUCGUCCAGCGUGAAGAGCAGCAUCGGCGGAGGGCUGGAGGACGGCGGCAAAGGUGUGACGGGCCGGUUCAAGCUGACGUCGGAGGAGCUGGACUACUACCUGUACGGACAGCAGAGGAUGGAGAUCAUCCCUCUGAGCAACCACACCGGGGAGGUCAACAACCGUUGUGACAUGUGUGCCGACAACAGGAAUGGUGAGUGUCCGAUGCACGGCCCUCUUCACUCUCUCCGGCGACUCGUCGGCACCAGCAGCACGGCAGCACCUGUCACCCUGCCGGAUGUCCCCGAUUGGCUCAGAGACCUGCCCAGAGAGGUGUGUCUGUGCACCAGUACAGUUCCUGGUCUGGGUUAUGGGAUCUGUGCAGCGCAGAGGAUCCCUCAAGGAACCUGGAUCGGCCCGUUUCAGGGAGUCCCUCUGCUGGUGGACAAGCUGCAUUCUGGAACCAUGAGAAACACGAGACACUUGUGGGAGAUCUACGACGCAGAGGGGACAUUACAGCACUUUAUUGAUGGUAAUGAUCCCAGUAAGUCCAGCUGGAUGAGGUAUAUCCGCUGUGCCAGACACUGUGGGGAGCAGAACAUGAUGGUCGUGCAGUACAGGUCCUGUAUCUUCUACAGAGCCUGUAUGGACAUCCCCAGAGGAACAGAGCUGCUGGUCUGGUACAACGACUCCUACACUUCCUUCUUUGGCAUCCCGCUGCAGUGCAUCGCUCAGGACGAAAACCUAAAUGUCCCAGGCACGGUGGUGGAAGCCAUGACCAGGCAGGAGUCCCUACAGUCCUUCAGCAAGAAUGGCAAACCCUCCUCCUCAUCAUCUUCCUCAUCUUCCACCCCCUCUAUUGCCCUCAUGCGCUCCAUGGUCUUCCCCCACUCCCCCUGCCCUAAGAGUUUCUCCCUGUUAGACAAGGUCGGGGUUAAUGUUCAGUCGGACUCCAGUUUCGGCCAUUUGGGGUCAAAGAACCAGCGGGUCCUGGCGAGCCCGACCUCCACCAGCCAGCUGAGCAGUGAUUUCAGCGACUGGCACCUGUGGAAGUGUGGCCAGUGCUUCAAAACCUUCACCCAGAGGAUCCUGCUGCAGAUGCACGUCUGUCCGCAGAAUCCAGACAGACCAUACCAGUGCGGCCACUGCUCCCAGUCCUUUUCUCAGCCAUCAGAUUUGAGGAACCACGUGGUGACACACUCGAGCGACCGACCCUUCAAAUGUGGAUACUGCGGCCGUGCGUUCGCUGGCGCCACAACACUCAACAACCACAUUCGCACGCACACCGGGGAGAAGCCGUUCAAGUGCGAGCGUUGUGACCGCAGCUUCACGCAAGCGACGCAGCUCAGCCGCCAUCAGCGACUCCCCAACGAGUGUAAACCGAUAAACGAGAGCACCGAGUCCAUCGAGGUGGAUUAACCCCCCCUGACUGUUUACCAACUGACACCACAGCCACAUUAAGGCAGCUUAAAUUUGAAAAUGCAUCUCACUCCCUCCAUUUUUUUCACCCUCCUCCAUCCAUUUUUGAUAUUUGAAGAUUUCGAAAAACUAAAGAAAUCCAGAUGGGAGGAAUCUGAAAAUGCUGCUCAAUCUUGUAUGUUUUACUGAGAGUUUAUAUCAAAAGCUGUACGCUGCUGUAAGUGCUGCUCAAGCAUCAACCAUCCAUCAGUCUGAAUGUUUUUUUCUUUUUUUUUUUGCUUUUUUAAAUCAUGAUUUGACCUGGGAAAAAAAUCUGGAUUUUGUGAGUUGGCAUGAAACGACUCUAUAGUAAAACUUCAGAGCUCACAGGCCCUCGAUCAGUAGACACAGAUAUCACUAAUUAAUUCACAACUUACAGACGGCGGAUGAUGGUGGAUAUUAACUUCACAAAGGAUACCAAAAAGUCAUGCCUAGUAACGUGCAUUGUUUUGGAGUUCGCGAGGACGCAAGCUGAGCCUUUGGACCAGCACAACAGAAGUCUGUCGAGUUACUGUCAUUGGACCUCGUGAUCAGGGAAUAGUAAUUUAAUUGUCUCAAGCAUCAAGUAAUCAGGCAGCUUUCAAGAGCCAGAAUCAAAUCACUUUAAUAUACUUGUUCGUGUUCCAGCUGCUCAGUAGUUGUUAUUUCAUUAUUACACGUAGCACUCGCCGUCAUUUUGAUCUCAACUACACACCUUUCAUGAGGCCGUCUGGCACAGUUGUGACGCCAUCACACUGACAAUGAUGAGUCCACAGACACAUAAUCACCUGCAGAAUAGCUUUAACUUCUUCUGUGGUAGUACAGAGGAUUGUUUUUACCAUUUUGUUGUCCCGGCGAUUUAGUGUGGAGGGAGAUUGUUCAAAAAACAACCUGAAAAUUGUUGUUUAAGGCUGUUUUCAGAUUUAGCUGCUUUACUGUGACCGCGGUCUGACUGUUUGACUGACUGACUUCUGACAUUAAAGCCACAUUCAUCCUGCUGGAGUGAAUCCUGAUUCAACCAAACCAAAGAUGCUCUUUUUUUCCCCAGCAGAGAAGAAGAACUUUGUGAGGAAGGGGUCGGGCAAACAAACUCUUUUUGGACGAGGAUAUUUAUUGGAGACUUUUGGGAAUCCUGUUCGGUUUCCCUCCAAAGAAAACUCUUUCCUGAAACCGGGACAAAAACAAUGAAAUACCAAAAAAUUCAGACUGAUGUUCUGUCUGUAGCUUUACUUCUCGGUUUCCUUUUUUUUUUUUUUUCCUUUUUGCAACAGCGAUGCCAAAGGAGGGCGCAACCAAAGCAAACAGACAACAGAGAAUGCACAAUGAGCAUCAACACGAGCGCCUGAGGACGACGCUCGAGUUUUACAUCAUUAAAUGAACAUAAUAAAAUGACAAGGAGUAUGUAUUGUAAAAACAAAAAAAAAUGACAAAAGAAAAGGAAAAACAAAGGACAAAAGAAACAAAUUAUAUUUAUCUUCUUGCUCAUAUCAUGCUUCAGGCACUUUUGUUUUGAAUUGUUGAUAAUUUAAUUUUUGCAGCUCCGAUGUUGGCAGACGAAAAGAUGGCGGACAAAGAAGGGAAAUACUGAAGAGAUUAUGGACAUGAUUUCUUAUAGAAAUAACCCCGCAGCUCAUACAGAGAAACAACCAUCGAUCAUCACCUUUCACAUCGCCUGGACUGGACUUAACAUCGUUCCAUCUGUUUGUGUCGGCCUGGUGAAUGAAAGAAGUGGAUUUGAACACGUGUAGUUCCCUGACAGCAGAAGAUCAUUUGAUAGGAUCAAAAGGUCCAGAGCGACUGCUGCUGAAUGCAUCUUGAGAUGGAUGACUUGGGAACAUCUGUUCACCGUCAGCACAGAGGGCCCACAUGUCAACACACACAGAUGCAGCAGCGUGUGCGUUAACAUGUUGCUCUGCAUGUGAUAACACGUGUCGUCUGUCUGCGGUCGUCCUCCAGCUGGUUCUGGUCUCGCUGUUCUCUCACGUCUCUCACAACUUUCAGUCAAAGUUUAGUGUUUCAUUUUGUUUGAUGUGCUUUUAUUUUUAAAAUCUCUCAUCCAUCCAUGCAGUUUUUUGUUUUUUUUUUUGUUAUAUUUUAUUUACUACACACAUUUUGCUUUUUUUUGUAUUUUUUUCCCUUCUUUUUUUAACAUAUAUGCAGUUUUGGAAUGUAAUCAAGUACUGUACUUGAGUGCAAUCUGAAGUACUUGCAGUACUUUAUCCAUCAAACCACUACAUACAACUACAGGUAAAAAAAAUGUACAUGAUCAGCUUGUAAAAUUCAGCAUUGUCAUAAAAUAAAAUAAAGAGUACUUAAAAUAAGAUCAGGCAUCAGUUGUCAUAAUAUACAAUAAAAUUGCUGGGGACGUCCUACUAAAUGGGUAUGUUUACAUAUGAUAUUUUAAGUACAUGUGGAUGGUAAUAUUUGUCUUAUUUUAAUUAAGUAUUUUUAAAUCAAAGUAUUUUAAGUAACGAUAUAAUAAUUAAUAAUAACAUACAGAAUCAGCAAAAAGGCUAAAUAGGUUUGACAUUUAGAAAG